AUGUCCCACUUUGCUACACCUUUUAUUGUGAUCAACUUAGGUUGUGAGAUGAUUUAUGUGAUCGAUCAGAGAUUAAAAACACAGAAAGUGCCAUUGGAUAAAUCUGAAAGAGUACUUACAGAUAUAGUCUCAGUCUUACUUCAUCCUAAGCUUCUGGAUGAGCUAUUUAUACCUCAACCGGCAGCGACACAUGCAGUUAUUAAGCAGCUACUUCAGGAUAUUUCCGCCACGUCUAUUAUGAAACUCGACGACUAUUCUAUGGGUAAAUUAUGGGAUCUCAUGACUAUGAUAUUCAAAUGGCAGCUAUCUGUUGCAACAAAUCAAAAUAUUUUUGACAUAAGCCGGCGGCAUUUGCGGAGUGUAGCUACACUCAUGCCUGAAUAUUUCUCGAGGGAAAUUUUCGAAAAUGCUUUGAAAAAAAUAGAUAUAAUAGCACAAAAAUUUGAAGACGAUGACUACAAUUGCUUAUGUAGCGCACUAAUCAUCUGGUUUUCAGAAUAUCACACUAAAAUUUCAGUUCUUUUAAGACUGGGCUUACAAAAAAAGGAUGGAACAUUUUGUCUUCCGUACACAUUGAAUCCUAAUUUUCUUAAAAAAUUAGGAGAAAAUAUUUACAAAUACGAUAAUACUAAAAAGAGAGAAGAUGAAUACUGUCCAGAUACCAGCGAAGUAAAUUGUCUUUUAGCAUCAAUUGAACGUUCACCUAGUAUCUCAAAAGUUAUUAAAUUAAAAUUGCCAAUUGAGUUUGGAAAUGAAAGUUUUGAAAACAAAAUAUUUAAAAUAGAUAAAAAUAUUGAAUAUAAGAAUAUUACAACACUAAAAAAAAAAAAUAAUAAGAACGGCGACCUCACAUACACGGCUAAUACAUUAAAAUCACCUCAAGAAGAUCUUUUAGAAAUGCUAAAAGAAUAA